AUGCCCCGCGCACACCCGCUGUCCUCGCUCCGCCUCAAGGUCUCGAAGACUACCAUCCUCCUACCCGUCUCAUCAUCCACAACCCUCGCCUCCCUCCGCUCGCUCGCCCUCACCGCCCUCCAAGCAACCGCCUCUUCUGCCUCCCAGGACGACCCCGACCUGCCUGCCCUCCCUUCUUCCGCAAACGACAUCGCGCUGUGGCGGCUAGAGGCGCCGGAGAAGCAGGCGGACGGAUUGGCGAGCGAGAAAUGGGUCAGGCUUAGGGACGAAAAGAGCGGUGCGGACAGAUGGGGAGUUGCGGAGGCUGAGGAGAUCGGCGUUAGCUUCAAGUCUGCGGAUGGCACCUUCCCUACGCCCGUCAUCGUCCGGCCAGUCGACGACUACGAGGAGCAGUAA